GCGAACGGUUCUGCGUAUUUGAUAUAAUUCAUAAGUGUGUAAUACAGUGACGUUGGCGAAUAAUUGGUAAUAAUACAUCGUAAAAAGAAAACCGCCGUUGAAAAUCUUUUUCGGAGAGCAUAAAGUGAUAUCCUUUCGUUGUGCGAACGGUAGUAAUGCAAGCAACUUAUUGCAACACGUGUGAAGACGAGCCGGUAAGGGACGAGGGUCGGGAAGAGGAACCGAUAGUUGUCGAUCUCAUGCCACAUGUGUUAAAUCCACAACGCAAUGUAUCGAGAUCGCCUACCGACAUUGAACCGCCGCAUCAGCAGCGUCAACAACAACAACAACAACAGUCGCAACAAGAGAUGCAUAAUCCGGCGCCGGAACCGAGACAGAUUCCGCCCGCGGAUCCGAACGUCAGAAGAUACAGGACCGCCUUUACGAAAGACCAGCUCGAGAAACUUGAAUUCGAGUUUCGAAGGGAGAAUUACGUGAGUCGUCCGAGGCGUUGCGAGCUGGCCACUCAGCUCAAUCUGCCCGAAUCCACGAUCAAGGUGUGGUUUCAAAACAGACGGAUGAAAGACAAGAGACAGAGACUAGCAGUGGGACCGCUUCAGGCGAUGAUGUACGACCCGUCGUUCGCGGCGUCAAUGAUCGCCGCGGCCGCCGCGACAUUGCCAUCCGCGCUCUACAGCGCGCCGAAUUUGCCGGCGACCGCGCACCUGGCACCCUCGGCGACGUCGUACUCCGCGGCGGCUCUCUACGCGUCGCGAUACACACCGUAUCCCAUGCUGCCGCGACCGCAUCCGCGCGUCAACUCGUAUCCGUCGCAUGCGUUAUCCUUCGCACCCUUAUCUUUUAAUUUGGGCGUGCCUGGCUCCAAUACCGCCUUCUCGAACGUCACUAUCCCCUCCAGCAGCAGCGCGUACCGCCAGCCCGCGGUACUGCAAACCGCCGAUCUCAGCCCGGUCAACACGCCCUCCAACAGCCCGGAAUCCGACUGCGACUGCGGCGGUGCUGUGCACUCGUAUCACUCGCAUCACGCGCUCGUGAAUCCGCCGCUGCGGGAUCACCGGAUCAGUGGAGAACAGCAGCCGCUUAGAUUACCGAACGGUAUGAGUAUACCCAUGAUGACGUUGUCACCGAUCUCGCGCGUCGAGAGCAGACCGAGCGCGUACAACAGCGUGUCUACCACGGCAAUACCCUCAUCGACAUCGACCACGAAGAUCGGUCAACCGAGUCUGUUCAAGCCGUAUAUAAACGAUAUACCGGAGCAAGCUUGCGCUAAAUAA